AUGGGAGAUAAAAAGAAAAAGGGAGAUCAAGUAGAAGAUUUCUCAACAGAACAAUUAAAUAAAUUAUAUCGGAAGCGAAGCGAAAUUAAUGGAGUUCCUCUAUGCAAAAUUUUCAAAGAAAGGUUGGAAGCUGUGUGCUCGGAAGGGGAACAUUUAUAAAAUGUAAAACUUUGGGAAGAGAUGGGACCUGUCGGGGUUAGAGCAAUGAUGGAGUCAUUUACUGAAAUAGGCUAUAAACAUCUGAAAUAAUUGAGGUUAUGGAGAGUGAAAUGUCAGGAUGAAGGAGUCAGAACAAUAUGCUUAUAUAUUGAUAAAGUUAGAUUACUCGAAGUUUUAGAUCUCUUAGAUAACUAAAUCGGGGUAUUAGGGUGUAAAUUCUUAGCAGACAUUCUGCAUCCUAAGUGUGAAAGCAAAUUAGUAAAACUGAAAUUGGAUCACAAUCAGAUAGGUUCAGAAGGUUUGGCUGAGCUAACUAAAGGGUUAGCCAUGAAUAAUACUUUGGAGAGCUUGGCAUUGAAUUAUUGUGGUAUAGAGGCUGAUGGGGCCAAAUACCUUUAGGAUAUAUUGGCCAAUGUUAAUAGCAAGUUGUAUAAAUUAAAGUUGUGCGGAAAUCGUCUUAAAAAUGAAGGAGCAUAUGAGUUAUUUAGAGCAUUGGAAAUUAAUAAUACUCUAGAGAGAAUUAAGUUAGCCGAUAAUCAAUUCCAUUCAGAUCCAAGUGAUCCAACCUUGAUAAAUAAAAUCCUCUCUACUUUUGAAUUAAAUAAAACACUUGGAUAUUAUGAUCUCAAAUUCAAUUUACUCAGUGAUUAGGAUGCCACUAGAAUAAUCCCAUUAAUCGAAAAAAACAAAUCUAUAUUCUUCAUUGAAAUUUCAGAUUAAAUAUCCAAGCCUUUGACUGAUAAAUUAAAAUCACUCACGAAGAAAAGGAAGCCAAAGAAGAAGAAGAAGAGUAAGAAGAAGAAGUGA